CUCUGUAAAGUUUGCACAUCACUGCCGUGUGUUUUUUCACCGUAAACUCGUUUAAUCUCAGCGGGCCGCAAGUUUCCUUCCUACGUGCAGACUGACAUGAAUUCUCUCCUGCCUGGACCUUCACUCUGCGACUGAGGAACUGGAUCAUGGCCCGAGCCGCAGCGGCAGCAGCGCGUCUAUCUGCGCUUCUCGUGGUCGUUUGUCAUGUGUGGUCAGGAAAAGCUCAGUAUGAGAAAUACAGCUUCAGAAGUUUCCCCGAGAACGACCUGAUGCCGCUCGAGUCUGCGUACGGACACGCGUUAGAGAUGUACUCGUCCCAGAGCUGGAAGGAGUGCGUCAGAUAUCUGGAGCUCAGUCUGCGGCUGCACCGGCUGCUGAAGGACAGCGAGGCUCACUGCAGCCGGACCUGCAGCACUGAAACACGGCCACGCGCCAGUAACAGCACCGACACCAGCCUCUGGAUCAUGGGGCACAUCAUCGCGAGAGCCGCGUGUCUCAAGAAGUGCAAAACAAACUUCCCCGUGUUCUCUAAAUCUUCCCCGAAGAGAGAGACGCUGGCUGCGUUCGAGCAGAGGAUUCCCUACCGCUACCUGCAGUAUGUUCAUUAUCAGAUGAAUGAGUUGGAGAAAGCUGUUUCAGCGGCACACACGUGUCUCCAGCGAAACCCCGGCGAUCCACUUUUAUCCCGGACUCUGAACUACUACAAAAGUCUGUUUGAUGUGGAGGAGUAUCUCAUAGACCACGAGGAGAAGCCCUAUGAGGCUUUAUUUGUGAAAGCUGUGAAGUUGUAUAACUCUGGAGACUUCAGCAGCAGCGCUCGAGACAUGGAGCUGGCGGCCGCCGAGUAUUUCCAAACACACAACCUGUGUCUGCAGUCAUGUGAAGGCUCCUAUGAAGUGCAGGAGGUCAAAGAUUUUUAUCCAACGCUAGCUGAUUUCUAUUUUGAGGCUUUGACGUGUAAAGUUAAAUGCGAGGAGAAUUUGAAGCCAAAUGUUGGUGGCUACUUUGUGGAGAAAUUCGUUGCCACCAUGUACCACUACCUGCAGUUUGCUUAUUAUAAAUUGAAUGAUGCGAGAAGCGCAGCGCCGUGUGCAGCGAGUUACAUGCUGUUUGAUGCAGAAGAUCAAGUGAUGCGGCAGAACGUGGCAUACUACACAUUCUACAGAGAACAGUGGGGACUGCAGGAACAACACUUCAAACCACGACCCGAAGCGCUGAUGUAUUACAAUCAAACCACUAAACAGAGAGAACUGCUGGAGUUCGCACAGAAUUAUCUACAGACAGAUCAUGAGGACGUUGUGACUCCAGAGGACACAUCAUCAUCAUCAUCAUCAGAUCCUCCUGAUGAAGAGUUUGAGGGUAUGGGGGAUUAUGAGGAGUCUUUUCUGGCUGAAUGGUGGCAGGAACCCAAAACUAAAGGAGAUACAGGAGAAGCGGCUGAAUGAAACAAACACCACGUCUUUAAGCCCUUCAGAAAGACUGGAACAAAACUCUACUGUACUCGUGUGCUUUUGUCUCUUUGUUGAGUUUGUCUUGUUCUGAUGUUAUAAUGUCAUUUCUUCACUGAUGAAUAUGUUCCAGCGUUAAUUUUAUGGACAGAAGAGUUGAUGUGUUCUGUGAGAGAGGAGUUGAUUUAUAAAUGUGUACAGACAGAUCGAUUGUGAACUCCUAUCUGACGUUUCCGUCAUGAAUCCAUCAUGGUCAUUGAGAGAAAGAUAUCUGCUGCAUCAAUCCCAUGAUGCACUGCAAACGACAACUCCGUUUUCAGACAUAACUGAAUAUUUUGCAACAGCUUUUUUAUAUUGUUUUAAUAGUUUUAGACACCAACUUUAUAUUAAUUGGUGUAUUUGUUUCAUUGUUUAUAAUUUGAUCGAGUCAUUCUUAAUGUUUCUCUGUAUUGUAGUCUUGUAUGUGGUCUUAUAUCUUUGUCCAGUUUGUGAUGUACAUUCUUAGUUAUGAAUUGUUGGGGUCCGUGUAGGCUAUAUUUUGAGAGUGAGAAAACGGCGCCAUUUUCGUUCAUUAAAAAAACGAGAAUUCGGCUUGGUUUUUCGUUUUCAACUUCACGGAUAAAAACGAAUAAACAACUUUUUCACACGUGGGCGGUAUGAAACACCCCCUUCCGCUGAUUGGCCAAUCAAAGAUCAGUACGCGACGUCUUCGGUUGUCCCUCGGUUCCGUAGAUGAACAGAAUAAAUAGGCCUCCGCUGCUGUACAGUGGGGAUUCUUAAAGUAUGUUUCAUUUCUCAUCAAACAACCGUCCACAAACCGUAUAGGGCAGAUUAUAGACUGGACAUUCUUCUGUGCAACCUCCCAGCUAACAAUUUUUGGUUCCCAGAACGUUUCCCUAACGUUAGUUUUUGCUUCCCAGCACGUUAUUUUCUUAGGUUCAUUUUUGGUUCUCCAGGAAAGUUCUUUACGUUAAUAGAACGUUAGUUUCGGGUUCCCAUAACGUUCUGGGAACCAAAAACUAACGUUACGGGAACGUUUUAUUUCCGUAAUGGCAAGCUGACUUUUGGCUGGAUUUUGCUGUCACGGACAGAUUUUCAAGGUCUGCGACAAAACCUUCAGAUCGCGACCAAAUCGGUGCUCGUUUCGGUCGCCGAAACUGGUUCAGUAUAAGCAGGUGUGCAACGUGAUCUGGACCUGUCUCGAGCUAUCCCAGACCCUACGAUAUUUUCAAACCUGUUUGAUAUUAUCGUUGUGUGCGCGAUUGAACGACCACGUGGAACUAAUCCAGCCAAUCACAGCGCAGAAGGUUUUCGUCAAAUUAUUGUGUGGAGGAAUUAAAAACCGCUGGCAUGUAUUCAUUAACAUUAUAAGGCGUGUUAAAUGGCUAGUGUAACAGACAUACUGCUGUUUUCAACUAUCCUAAAGCACCAAGUCUGUAUAAUGGAAUAUAGAAAACACUUCAAUGUUUCACGUUCCAUUCCAGUGGAUGGCGGAAACGCACCAACAACUCAUUUGCCAUACACCAUCAAACUAAAUGUUCACGAUGUGGUAUGUGUUUUCGCUGUUGGUCCUUGACCAAAGUCUUGUAGUUAGCACACUUUGUCUGCGUUGUGUAGUGUGCGUGCUGCUACAACAAGAUGACGGAUGACAGGAAACCUAGUUGUGUAGUGUAAACGCCAUAGAAAUUCAAGUUGUCUCACAGUCCCGUAGUGUCAGCUCGGCUUAAAGAUAACCAAAAACUUUAUGGGAACCAGAAACUAACGUUAUGGGAACGUUCUGUGUUUGCUGGGCUAGAGCAAUUCGUACAAAUAUUUAUAUCACAAAUAUUAAUGUAGUUCUGAUCCGCAUCUUUCUAGCUCUCCAGGGUUAAAUCUGCGUGGCAAAGCUGCGCGAGACAGCACGAAGCGGCUUCAUAUACUUAUUUCAUUUCAUUCAAAAUUCGCGGUGUUGGUGGUUGUCGGGUUAACACAUUUUUUACACAAGUUUGCUUCUGCCUACGCCUUUUUUUAAUAAAUGCAGAACA